CAAAAAAAAAAAAAAAGACAGAUUUCAAGUGAUUUUUUGUUGCUCGUUCUCGACUACUCUUCCCGUUCGUUGGAUUCCAGUUGCAGAAAAUCGAGAUUGUGGUUUGUAAGUCUUGGUUUAUAUGGGAAGGCGAAAGGUUAAGAAAACCGCAAAAAAUGACCCAAUCCAAGUAAAAGAACCUCAAAUUGAGAAGGAAAAAGCUCAAUUCACAGACCCAGAUGUUGAGAGACAAAGUGCUGCCAUUAGGGCUAUUCGCGAUGUAGAGAUUGAGCGAUUGUUGACAGAGUUGCGUUUGCUUCGCUCAUAUUUCAACAAGGAGCAGCUGCAGACCCCCGCACUACAAUUUCUUGGGGAGAAUUUUCCCAACUUAUCAGUGGUUAGAAAUGGAGAAAAUGGACACGCUGACUUACAAUGGAAUACUAAAGAAGGCGAAGUAGAUAAGGAUGAUAGAAGAGAUGUCCAUGCUUCCCUUCUGCACCGAUUGUCCGUCGCUUAUUCUGAUUAUUCUGCUCCAAUCACAUCUUUGGGUGGUUUUGAUUUUUCUACUAAAGCAGUGAAAACAAGACUUCUAGUUGCUGAUGAUCUGCAGAUCAAAGACUACAUUUUGGAUGAACCCUCGGAGACCCAUAUGCUAGGAAUGCAAGAUGCUUUACAAACACCUGGGAUGAGUAGCCAAAGACUCUCUGUUGGAAUGACACCCAAAACGCUAAGGCUCCCGAAGCCUGGGGAGAUGCUUUUAUCCGUCCGUGGCUCACCCCUUGGUGUUUACAAGGAAGACAACAUGGAAGCUAUAAAUGAAUCCGACGAGGGUUAGCUGGAAUUCGCUCAAGUAGUCAAUCAUGACUUGGAGAGUUCUCUUGAAAAAUCAAGGCGUUUGAAUGUGUGUACAAUGUAUAAUAUUCCUUGCCAAGUUUCAAUGCACUGAUACUAUCAUAUCAAGGUCUAUGCAAAAGACAGUGUAAAACAUUUCAUCUUUUAUUUGC